AGCCCGGUGCGCGCGGCGCUGGUGACCAGGAAGCAGAAGCGCGCCGGGCAGCCGCGGGGCGGGCGCGCUCUCUGAGCCCCCCUGCCCCACGCCGGCCCCCCUCCCGCCCCGGCUCCAGGGGGUCGGGGCGGCCACGGAGCCGAGCGGGAGUCGGCCGGGCUGCCGCUAAGCCGCUUAGGGCCGGGGCUGGCAUGAUCGUCCCCGGCUGCGGCGGGGAGGCUGAGGAGCCGGCGGGGCGUCCCUGAGCGGGAGGGGGAGCCGCGCUCCCCAGGGCGGGAAGAUGGGGAACUGCCUCAAGUCCCCCACCUCGGAUGACAUCUCGCUGCUCCACGAAUCCCAAUCGGACAGAGCCAGCUACGGGGACGGCGCCGAGCCGGAUCAGGAGCCGCCGCCGCCAUAUCAGGAGCAGGUCCCUGUUCCUGUUUACCACCCAACUCCUAGCCAGACUAGGCUAGCAACACAGCUGACAGAAGAGGAACAAAUCAGAAUAGCGCAGAGGAUAGGCCUUAUUCAGCAUCUACCUAAAGGAGUCUAUGAUCCUGGAAGAGACGGCUCCGAGAAGAAGAUCAGAGAAUGUGUCAUUUGUAUGAUGGACUUUGUUUAUGGGGACCCUAUCCGAUUUCUGCCGUGCAUGCACAUUUACCACCUGGACUGUAUAGAUGACUGGUUGAUGAGAUCCUUUACUUGUCCAUCCUGCAUGGAACCAGUGGAUGCAGCACUGCUUUCAUCAUACGAGACUAACUGAGCCAGGGUUUCUCCACUGAACCUUCGAGGAGACCAUCCACUUUAAUGGGUUUGAUCCUUUUGUCAUUCAGCCCAAAGAGCCAAGAAUUAGGAAUUAAGAUCAUGCACAAAGUAUACAUUUCCUAAUAAAUAAAUAAACAAAUAAAAAUAUUCCUGAAUGGCUGCAAACAUUGGGGAAAACAUAGUAUUUUAGAGACUAUAGAAAACGUAGGUUGUUAUUUUUAAUGUAAAGCCUUGACCCACCAUUGUCUUUUAAUGUUUGUUCUUACACCCAUAUAUAGGAAUUGUGUAAAGUGUUAACAGCAACUGUAAAUGUUUAAACUGCGUGUAUCCAAUUUUAUUAGCAGCAAGAUAAGAGUAUUUUUUUUCCUAAAUAAAGUAACCAGUUUUAUUCUGAUUCUUUUCACAAGUCCUGGCAUUUGGGUCAAGGCUUUAUUGAAAUCUACAUUUUAUAACACUGGCACAAAGAAAUAGUUUUAAGCUUGUUUGCACAGUUCUUUUUCUUUUUUUUUUUUUCCAUUGGAGAUGGAAUUCAUUGCCUUAGGUCUUUUUAAUAGUGUAUUGUUAUUGUUGGGCUGGCUCUAUGCUUGAAAACCAGUUUAUUUAUAACCUGUUAAAAGUGCUAUAUUUUGUUUGCAGUUAGGAAUAUGCAGACUUCAAAGUGAUCUCCUAGCUUGUAAGCAAACUGAGAUGCAUUAUCCCUUUUCUACAAGUCACGUGGAGUAUGAAGAUAGGAAACAAAUCCUACACUGAAAUUAUGAUUUCAUGUUUUUUUAUAACUUGCUUCAGUUUUGAUGAAACAACAGCCUUUAAACUUUGUCACCUUUAACUUGAUCGGGUUAAAAGUGGGCCAAAUGGACCAUAAAUAGCUAAACUACCAAUAUGGAAAAUAACAAAAAAUUGGAACUAAUGUAGUGUUAGCAUUGAUCACGUAUUCUAAUUUUCCCUCCCUAGAAAUGGUUGUCUUGGAUCAUAGUAAAUGGAUACUGCAUCUCUCAGUCUUGUAGUUCUUAGGUUAUCAGAAGUUAAGAAUAAACAUACUGUAUCUCA